AAACCGGACAAUAAAUCUUCAAAGCUUAAUAUCCGUUUUCUUAAAACUCUCUUAAUUAGUAAGCAAAGAUUCAACUCAACUCAAUUCGCUUUUUUUAAUAUUGUUGUGCUUUGCUUAGCGUCUAGGUUUUCCUCUUAUACAUUAAGGCUUCUGAAGAUUCGGUUUCAGCAGCUCUCUUCAGCAUUCGGGUUAGCUUUGUGAUUGAAGAAGAAUUUAGUGCAAAAUUUAGCCUGUAAUUAAUGAGGUCCAGCACUGUGAGAAGGCGGCUUCAUCAUGGGGAUGUUGGAGAUAGAAGGAAUGAAAAUUACGAGUCAUCAGGAUUGGAUGGUUUAGAUGAACCUUUGUUAGGGAAUCAUGAUUACGAUGACAAACAUCCUGAGGGGAAGAUGACAGAGGAAAUUUGGGAUGACGAACGAAAGAAGGAACAGUUACAUUGGACGCUUUUGUUCUCGAACUUGAUCGCUCAAUGGGCACAGUGGAUAGCAAACAUUGUCUUCGGAUCUGGAUCAUUUAUUGCACAAUUUUUACCUCUUCAUUCUAACACUCAGAAACUUAUCGCGCCUACUCUUAGUUCUUUACAGGAAGCAAGGCUGAGAAAUCUACAGCAAAGACUGGGAGUCCCAUUUGAUGGAUCUCGGUUGGAUCAUCAAGAUGCUCUGAAGCAGUUGUGGAGAUUGGCUUACCCUAACAGGGUGCUUCCAUCUCUUAAAUCAGAGCUUUGGAAGGACAUGGGAUGGCAAGGCCCAGACCCUUCAACAGAUUUCCGGGGUGGAGGAUUCAUAUCAUUGGAGAAUCUCAUAUUUUUUGCUAAGAAAUAUCCGGAAUCUUUCCAGAGGUUGUUACACAAACAAGAUGGAAACCGAGCUGAUUGGGAAUAUCCAUUUGCUGUUGCUGGUAUCAACAUUUCAUUCAUGUUGAUACAGAUGUUGGAUCUGCAAUCAGGAAAACCAUCUUCCAUGGCUGGAAUCCGAUUUUUAAAACUACUUGGGGAAGAUGAAAUGGCAUUCGAUGUUCUUUAUUGUGUAGCCUUUCAGAUGAUGGAUGCACAAUGGCUUGUGAAACGGGCUUCGUACAUGGAAUUCAAUGAUGUUCUGAAGUCUACAAGAACACAAUUAGAACGAGAGCUCUCACUCGAAGAUGUAUUCAGCGUGAAAGAUUUACCGGCAUACAAUCUGUUGAGAAGGUAACGACAGUCGGAGAACAUAUUUGUUUCAUCAUUUAAAGCACAUUUGGCAUACAUCAUUCCUUUGUAUGGAAGUAACAGACCGAUGAAAAUUGGGUAUAGUUCAUGUUGACUUUGGAAGAAGGUUAGAAUUUGCAAAUGCCCCCCCCCCC